GAUGGAAAAUCCAAAGUCGGCGCUCGAGACCGAUUCAGAGCGGCCGAACCUGCCGCCGGGAUUCCGGUUCCACCCUACCGAUGAGGAGCUGGUGGUUCACUAUCUGAAGAAGAAGGCUACUUCUCUCCCCUUGCCGGUGGCCAUCAUCGCCGAAGUUGACCUCUACAAGUACGAUCCUUGGGAGCUUCCAGCUAAGGCUAGCUAUGGAGAGCAAGAAUGGUACUUUUUCAGUCCAAGAGAUCGAAAGUAUCCAAACGGAGCACGACCAAAUCGGGCAGCAACGUCGGGGUAUUGGAAGGCAACUGGAACCGAUAAGCCGGUCAUAGCUUCGUCGGAAGGGAACCGGAAAGUUGGAGUGAAGAAGGCUUUGGUUUUCUAUGGUGGAAAACCUCCAAAAGGAAUCAAAACCAAUUGGAUCAUGCAUGAAUAUCGCCUCGCCGAUAACAAAUCCGGUGGUGGAAACAAUAAUAAGCCACCAGGAUUCAUUAUCGGCGGUAAGAAAAACUCACUGAGGCUCGAUGACUGGGUUUUGUGUCGAAUUUAUAAAAAGAACAACUCGAACAAACCGGGGACGGAUCAUGAACGAGAAGAUUGCUUUGAUUCUAUGGUUGGGUCAAUACCGUCAUCGAUACAAAUCAAUAACUACAAUCAAUCAAUGACGACGACCACAACGGCAACGAACUUUAGUAUGUAUUCUGAAUUAGCCUCUUUGUCGCUUCCAAUGAAACGGUUGCUGCAACCCCCAUCGUGGGAGGAGGAAGAGUAUCGGUUGGCGGACAACCGAUCCUCAAGAAAAAGAUUACAGUUAAUGAACGGAGGUGGUGGCGGAGACAACUCAAUCGCGGCUCUGCUCAGCCAGCUACCGUCGCUGCAGCAGCCGACAUUGCAAGGUUGUAUCGUCGGUGAUGAGAUUUUCCGGCCGGCAUUUCAACUGCCGGAGACAAAUUGGUAUUCAUAACGACACACAACUACAAAAGUGAAUUGGUGGGUACGUUACAAAUUAAAAAAAAA